GAACCAUGCCCGGCGUCCUGCCCGGCGACAGCGCCAGGGCCAGCCCCUCCAAGAAGAACAGGCUGUCGCUGAAGCUCUUUCAGAAGAAGGAGGCGAAGCGAGUGCUGGAUUUCAUCGAGGCGCAGGAAAAUGAGCCGAAGGGCGCGGAGUUCCGAGGCGCCGAGAUUGACCAGGUGGUUCCUGCAGCACAGCCCCCCUCCCUUGUCAGCUGUGAGAAAAAAGACAACAUGUUGCCUUUUGUGGGCUUGAACAACCUGGGCAACACCUGCUACCUGAACAGUGUCCUGCAGGUAUUAUAUUUUUGUCCUGGUUUUAAAACUGGAGUAAAACAUUUAUAUAACAUUAUUUCAAAGAAGAGAGAAUCUUCAAAGGAUGAAGGAGAGCAAAAGGCAGAAAAGGGAAGCUGUAAAGAAGAUCCCUUGGCUAGUUAUGAACUCAUCUGCAGUUUGCACUCCUUGAUCCUUUCAGUUGAGCAGCUUCAAGCCAGUUUUCUCCUAAACCCAGAGAAAUACACGGAUGAAUUGGCCACUCAGCCCCGGAGGCUGCUGAACACCCUCAGAGAGCUGAACCCCAUGUACGAGGGGUACCUGCAGCACGACGCCCAGGAGGUCCUGCAGUGUAUCCUGGGCAACAUCCAGGAAACCUGCCAGCUGCUGAAGAAGGAAGAGCUGAACAAACUGCCUGUGGAAGAGCCUGCAGCUAAACUGGAGGAAAAACCCAAGCAAAACUCUGAGAGCAAUGGAUCUGUCAGCCCUGCUGAGGAGGAGGAUCCCAGCCUGGGCAGCCACGGCGGAGACGCGGCCAAGGACAAACUGCUCAAGGGAAACGGGAAAAGGAAAAGCGACGCCGAGGGCGGCAACGCCAAGAAAAAAUCCAAAGUAUCAAAAGAGCAAAUUGCAGCAGAAGAAAAUCAAAGACAAACCAGGUCCAAGAGGAAAGCCACAGGAGAAAAGAUGGAAAACCAAACGGAUGCCAUUGCCAAGUGUUCCGGGGAGAGCGAGAGCGCCAAGCCCACGCAGAAAAAGUCGCGCCUUAGGUUAAACUGGUUAAAAUCUUCCUGCAAACAGCCCAGUAUUCUGUCCAAAUUUUACAGUCUAGGAAAGUUAACUACAAACUUGGGAUCCAAAGACCCGGGGAAAGAAUAUGACUGUGAGUUUGAAGAGUCAGCUGUCAAGUGCGAAAAUGGUGACAGUAAAGAAGAAUAUCAUGAACCAGCGUCUCCUGUGGAAAGCCAUCAUGGAAAAGGAACUGAAAAAGAACCAAAAAAGGAAGGUACAGAGCUGGCUGUCUUCGAGCUGGUGGAGAAACUCUUCCAGGGCCAGCUAGUGCUGAGGACGAGGUGCUUGGAGUGCGAGUGCUUCACGGAAAGGAGGGAAGAUUUUCAGGACAUCAGUGUCCCAGUGCAAGAAGAUGAACUUGCUAAAAGCGAAGAGAGUUCUGAAAUUUCUCCAGAGCCAAAAACAGAAAUGAAGACUCUGAAAUGGGCAAUUUCCCAGUUUGCCUCAGUGGAGAGGAUUGUGGGAGAGGACAAGUAUUUCUGUGAGAACUGCCACCACUACACGGAGGCCGAGCGCAGCCUUUUGUUCGAUAAAAUGCCCGAAGUGAUCACAAUUCACUUGAAGUGCUUUGCUGCCAGUGGCUUGGAGUUUGACUGCUACGGGGGCCUGUCCAAGAUCAACACCCCUCUGCUGACACCCCUGAGGCUGUCCCUGGAGGAGUGGAGCACCCGGCCCACCAACGACACCUACGGGCUCUUCGCCGUGGUCAUGCACAGCGGCAUCACCAUCAGCAGCGGCCACUACACGGCCUCGGUGAAGGUCACAGACCUGCAGAGCCUGGAGCUGGACAGGGGCAACUUCCUGCCCGAGCCGGGCUACGCCGCGCUCAAGCCGGAGCCGCUGACCGAGGAGGAGGCGCGGGCCGUGGCCGAGGACUACGACGAUGGCGAGGUCUCCUUCAGGCUCAACGGCGCCGCAGCCCCGGGCAAGGUGCUCAGCAAGAAGAACAUGGAGCCCGUGGGACUGCUCGGGGGGCAGAAGAGCAAGGCUGACUGUGAGCUGUGUGCCAGCAAACAGCCCAACCCCGAGAAGCUCCUGAGCGUGGCUCCCGAGCCCCGCAGCGCCGAGCCCAGCGCCGAGCCCGGGCCCGAGCAGGGCGAGCCCCCGGGGCUGGGAGCCGGCGGACUGGAGAACAAAGCGCUCUACGUGCUCCAGAGCCUCAAGGAGUACGAGGGGAAGUGGCUGCUCUUUGAUGAUUCCGAAGUGAAGGUCACUGAGGAAAAGGACUUUCUGAAUUCUCUUUCUCCGACAUCAUCAUCGACAUCGACUCCGUACCUACUGUUUUAUAAGAAAAUUGUAGAGUGAUGCUGUACUUGGACUGUAAAUAUUCGGGAUUUGCAUACACCUCUCUGAUUGCAUCCAAACUACCUGGAAGGAACAGCUGUUUGUUUUUUGAAGCUACUGAUUCUUCAUCUUUCUGGUCUUUUUUUUUUUUUUUUUUUUUUUUUCCUUCGGUGUCAAGUGGCUCGACUUGAAUUAACGAAACACGGCAUAGGACUUGACUCACACCAUAACUUUUCUGC